CCAAAUGAUCAUGACAAUUCUCUUGAUUUCCAAGGUUUCAGGAAUCCCAAAUUAAAAUAAGGAAGAGUAAAAAUUGUGAUAAAUUAAAGUAAUGGAAGGUGCAGAGGAGCUGCUGCCGCAGUCGGUGGAGGAGCUGCUGCAGAAGAUAUGCGCUGAGCAGUCACAGGAGGCGCCGGACGUGGAGGUGAGGAGACGGCUGGGCGCCAUCGGCGAAGAGGGGGCUAACAGAAUCUUGAAGAAAAUAGCUAGCCGUCCCAUCAAAACAACUUUGAACGCCUUCAUCAUUUACAUGUUGAAUAGAUACCCAAAGUGUGUGAGUAGUGAAGAUCACAGGAGCCCCUUUUCCACGCCACACAAAUCUCAUUUCACCAAAUCUUCUCCACACAAACCCACCGGCUUGUUGCGCUUCUAUCCUCCUCUACAGGAUACUCGUAGGAUGUUAUUCCCAAUUGACGACUUGGAAUCUCGACUGGCGAAGAAAAUUGGUGGGUGCUCUUCUUCCCAGGUUUCCUUGCCUAUUGUUACCCACACUGCUACAACUUCUUCAACCAUCAGGGGGACUUGUAGUCUUCUCCCUCCCCCUCAGGAAAAGAUUACAAUUACUACUACUACUGCUCAGAAGAGAAGUGGUUCUUCUUCUUCUUCCCUGCAGGAGAAAUUAAAGGAGCCCGAGGUUAAGAAACUCAAGCUUGGGAUGGAUAUAGAUCGAAAUGCUUCCAUUGCUUGCGGUCAUAUCGAUGCCUUGGAGCUUGUAGAAAAGAUGGCUCCCCCAGCUGACCUAGAGAGGCUGGAGGGACAAGAGACAGAAGAGCUAUUCAAGUCCUCUAUACACAAGUCUAUGGAGGCCAUCUUCCACAUGGUUGAGUUGCAGAAGCGCAUGGGAGUGUGCAUGAGUGAGCUAAAGACCUACCAAGAGGAGAAAGAAAGUUUAAAGAAAGAGUUGAGUGAUGAGGUUGAAAAGGUGAGGUUGUUGAGCUAUCAAAUUGCCACCGCGGAGGCCAAGAUCACUUCACUAACCAACAAUUGCAAGGAGGUGACAACAACAAUGAAUGAACUACUCUGUGAUGAGGUUGAAGCCGCUUACUUGAAAGGCAAAGUGAAGAUGCAGCAAGAGAUCUAUCAAGUGCUGCGAGAUCGCUUCCCUGACGACUUCGAUAUCUGUUCAUGGAAUUUGCCAGUUCAGCUCCAACUUCCUUCUUCUUCGUCCAACAAUACUAUGAUUCCUCCCCUUGUGAUGUUGGAUGAAGAUGAUACUGAACUACAGGAGGCCGGAUUUUAAUUUAAGUUCAAAAUUGAUUAUUAGUGACGUCUAUAGUUGUUUCUACUCUUCCUCUUUUCUAGAAUUUUUCAAUGAGUGUGAAAUUAAAGAAAGUUCAUCCUUGAAUUUAAAUUUUUAAGGUAAA